UGCAAUUAACUGAACAGACAAAAGUUCGAGAUUUUCAAUUAUCCAAGUUAAAAAAAAAACUUAAAUAUUUUAAAUACUAAGCAAGUGUGCAGUGCAUUUAGCCAAAUUCUGCUAUCACGGUUGUCAGUCGGUCAUCAGUUCGCGCCCUCGUUAGUCGCGUUUGCGUCGCGGAGCCUUGCUGAUUGCAUUUGGUUUUUUUUUUUUGCUUACCACUUGGCGCUUCUUUUGUCGGCACCGCAGUUGCCUGAUCGCUGAUCAUCGCAGCGCUGCUCCACAUCAUUACUCACGCCUGACGUCUGGCGAUUUGGAACAAACAAACAGAGACAGAAAGAAAGCAAGACAUGUGUUCAACAGCGAUCGCAUUUGUCAUUUGCGUGGCGUUGGCCAUGUCCACAAUGACGCAGGCGGAACACAAUGCACAUUGCAAGGAACUGAAUCAAGUGAAUUGCUAUAUGGGUCAGAAUGAAGGCUAUUUCUGCAACAAAAACCAGCACUCCACCACACAGACGCGCUGGUUUUUCGAUAAAGGAGUUUGCAAAAAAUUCAACUACAAAGGCUGCUAUGGCAAUCGGAAUCGUUUUUGCACAAAGGAAGCCUGCGAGCGGCGCUGCCUGUGAUAAGUACAGUGGCAAGAAGGCGAGCGGAAUUAUGUCGAAAUGGAAGCAACCAACAGCCACUAUAUCAUGGAUGGCUUCUUUGAUGUGCUUCCACUAAUAUAAAAUAAAACAAAAACAACAUCAAUAAUAUAAUUUAAGGAAAUAUUCUAGCUAAGAAAAACUGACCGCAGUGCCAAUAAACCUGGAAAAUGUGUAUUUUUACUUGAAGUGAUGCAGAAAUUUGUGAUCGAUUUAAUUGGCAAACUGUAAAACAAUAAUUGUGUAGAGACUAAGAUUUUAUAUAUAUAUUUAGUGUUGGCGCAUAUGUAUAUGAAUGUAUGUACAUAUGUAUGUAGUAACGUUAGUAUGUAAAAAUAUUUUGAAAAUAAAUGUA